CAAUCGCAAAACCUUUUACCUACCUUAUCAAAAUACCCACUUUGACUAAACCUUUAAUUUGAUAGAUAGUUUUUCUUUCUCAUUUGAAUUCACAUUAGGAUUUUGAAUUUUUAAUCGAUCAUGUCUUCUCACUUCGUCGGACUUCCAAUCAGUGUGGAACUUUCAAAUGGAAAUGUAGUACAAGGAGUGGUUAGUUACAUCGAUCAAGCGAAUGGUAAACUUCAUCUCAAGCAAGCGCGGCUUUGCAGAUUCGAUGGUACCUUGAGUUCUACUCAAGAUGAUCUAGUGGUCGAUAAGGAUUCUGUGAAAGAUUUGACUUUACUCAGCGUACGACCAAGUAAUUCACCAUUGACCAACAAUCCGAUCAACCAAUCUACCCGAGCUCAGGAUCCUAAUCAGACACCUCAUUUGGCGAGACAUGCUUCAGAACAGAUCUCCUCCGCUCACUCUGGUCCACAAAUCGUAGCUCAAUCCGAACGACAUUCCUCCAAUCUACCUCACCCUUCGACAAACUCGACGCCCGAAAGCGAUCAUCUUGGUGAUAGUGUGGCUACCCUUACUUCUCCAGCUGCAAACUCACGAACUAAGGUCCCUCGUAGGCGUCGAAAACCGGUGAAGGCACAUCAACAACGAGCGUCCCAUCUUGCGGUCUCAUUUCAGGAAGUUAGUACAGGUGGGGAGAGCAGCUUUUCAGCUAGGGAAGAUACAGAUGGAGCACCCUCUCCACCCCUUUCACCUGGUGCCUCUGCUGAUUACGAAUCAAACCCAACGCAAACAAAGUCGGACUUCAGUAAAGAUUUUGACUUUCAAGCCGGUUUACAAGCAUUCGAUAAAGCCAAAUUAUGGGCAGAAAUUGCACUGGUGGACGCUACCGAUCCGGCUGAUCGACUGGUGGCCUAUAACAGAAAGAAACCGAUUUCUAAGAAUGGAGCUAGCUAUGAGACACCCCGAUCACGUAAUUUGGGACCAAACGAAAUGGUUUUAUCGGCUCAGGAGCAAGCUGUCAAUGGAGUGGCUGUCGCAAGUCCCUCGUUGCAGGCAAAUCAGAUAUCAACGCCAUCGCGACUGAUUUCUACAGAAGGAAGACCUGUAUAUCCUGUUACAUUUGAGCGUCUUAAUCAAGCCUUCAAUUUGGCUUCGGUGGAAUAUGGACCGAAUUUAGUACAACGUAUCGAAAAUGGAGCUCGAUCAAUCGCCCAAUACAUUAUCAAUCUCUUACGAAGACGACACGGUCAAAACAGAUCAAUGAUAGAAAGCUCUGUGAUCUCCUUCGUAGUCAGUUGUAAUGCAAAUAAGGGUUCAUCUGCUGUCAGAGCUGCCACCUUACUCGCCAAUAAAGGAUACACCGUUUGUCUCGUUCUUGCCAAUGCCUAUGGAGAUCGAGCUCACAACGGCACGACUAAUGGUACCGCGUACUAUCCAGAAUUACCAUCCUCACCCAUGUUGAUUGUGGAAGCGCUGGCUGAGAACUCCAUCUCACAUGUCUCAGACCAGCGAGUCAUCAAUCAAGAUUUGCUUUCAUACAUUAAAAGAGCUCCGAUCCUAAGUAUCGACACUCCUAGUUAUGUAAAUUACGACACUGGUGAAUUUUUAGUGAAUCAAGAUUUGAUCCCCAAAAGUCAACACCUAAUCUGUUUGGCAGCCAUACCACAAGGCAUCGUAGAACAUCCUAAUAGACCCAAUGAGAUCUGUUUAGCAGAUCUAACAUUACCAUCGAUUUGUUGGAAUGAAGAGAAUGGAGAGAAGAAACCAGGUGAAGAGAAGAGAAGAGUACCAUCUGUUUGGGGAGAUGAUUGGAUAAUGAUGUUGAACUUUUGAACACGAAAAUGAUCUGUUUGUUAUUUGUUUGCUUUUUUUGAUAUAUAUGUGUGUGAUUGUGUGUUCUUCUUUCUGGUUUCAUUUGAUUGUCACAUGUCGUUAUGAGCAACCUCUCAUUUCAGAGAUUUAUACAUAUAUAUAUAUAUCUUUUAUUUUUUUGAUUCUUAUGUGAUUUAAAUUUGCAGAGUAAAUGUGAAUAAGAAUCAAACAAGAACGAUUGACAAUGUUGAUAUGUUUUUCUUUUCUUUAUGAUUGAAAGUUUAAGAUACAUGAAGUGGUUGAUUUGUUUUGCGAAUGAAUGUAAAAAAGUCAUAUAAACGUCUUUUUUAGUUG